AUGGGCGCCGCCGACGAGCACCCUCAGCAUCAGCCGUCUCCGGCGCCGGAGGGGGAGGCGAAGAGGACGCUGGUGUUCACGUACGGCACGCUGAAGCGGGGCUUCUCCAACCACUGCCUGCUGCAGGACCUGGCGCGCGCGGGGGACGCGGCCUUCGUGGCCGCCGCCGCGACGGCCGAACCCCUCCCGCUCGUCUGCGGGCCCUACCGCGUCCCCUUCCUCCUCAACCUGCCCGGCGAGCACGGCUGCCAGCGCGUCCGCGGGGAGCUCUACUCCGUCACGCCGCACGGCCUCGCCCGGCUGGACGAGCUGGAGGGCGUCUCGCGGGCCCACUACGAGCGCCUCCCCGUCUCCGUCGUUGUCGAUGGGGGGGAAGGCGCAGCGGAAGAGGUGGUGGCGUACUACGCGCACCGCGGGUACGCGGCGGAGAUGUGGGCGCGGAGCGGGCGGAGGGGCCACGCCGAGUACUCGCCGGCGGUGGCCGCCGGGUACGUCCGCCGCGUGGACCGGCCGCAGCACCUCACCUUCCUCGACCAGAUCCACGUCUUCGUCUCCUCCCAGUCCUAG